UCUCUUUUAUUCUCAUUCCUUUCCUAUCAUCAUGAUUAACAUCACAACAAUCCAUCACCAAUCAUGACGAACGCAUCGCCUGAAAGCAAUAUCACGGUCAUAGACUCAGAGGAGAGUCUUCUACCUCUACUUGACAGCAUUGCCAGUUUUGCAGUUGAGCCUCCCUCGCUAUACAUCCUUCUAGAGGGAAAUGCACUUGGUCGUCACGGCACUAUAUCAAUUCUCUCGCUUCACAUCGCUCCCACUAAGGAAACCUACCUCGUCGACAUCCACAGCCUCAAGGGGACAGCCUUCUCAACCACCACUACUAGCGGAACCUCGCUCAAAGCCAUCCUCGAAUCUCUCUCCAACCAUCCCUAAAGUCGUAUUUGAUAUCCGCAACGACUCAGAGGCCCUGUUCAGCCCUUUUCAGAUCUCUGUUAAUGGGAUCAAGGAUCUCCAGCUUAUGGAGCUCGCAACCCGGAAGGGAUCUCAGACAUUCGUCUCUAGCCUAGCAAAGUGCAUUGAGAAGGCUAGCCCCAUGUCUAUAGUAGCGGAGGCUGAAUGGCGCCUUGCCAAAGAGCGCAGUCUUCGAUUGUUCGAUCCUAAGAAGCGGGGUCGAUAUGAAGUUUUCGAUAAGCGGCCCCUCGAAAUCGUCCAGUACUGUCAGCAAGACGUUGCGGUGUUGCCAGCUUUGUAUGGAGUUUACAACACCACGCUACGCCAAACGGGCCAGGCACUUUGGCGGGUUCGCAUCCGCGGAGAAACAGAGAAUCGGAUUAAGCUGUCACAGAGUCCUCGAUAUAAUGGGAAUUUAGAGAGCGCGGCGGCCCAAGGGUGGGAUGAUCAGCAAGUUGAGAGAUGGAUAGAUUCGUGGAACGACGACAUCCUCAUGGAACAUAUGUUAGGUACAUCUGUGCUCAACGAAAAUGAUGAGUGGGUUGAUGCGCCGAGGAGUGGUAUUGAUGACUAUUUGGAUUAUUUGGAAAAUCUAGAUGAAGAUGGAGGCGAAGAGCAAGAUGGUGACUGGCACCACGACGAUAUCACAGCUCGGGACUGUAUUGGUUGGGCCGGAACAAAAUAUAACAUUAACCUUGUCCUAUUGGUCGAUAAGUCAACGAGGGGGAAGUGUUUGACUCUUAUUGAGAUGUUUUGCACAUUGCCUAUAACUGAUAUGCUUAGCUCCAAGAACAUACAAGGCCCCAACCCCUGCAACGUGGGCAGCUCGAAGCAAUCUGUGAAGAAGCUGGCCCAGCAUCAAUUGGCCAGUCACAACGGCCUCGAUUAA